AUGCGCUCUCUCACCGUACUACCAUUUGUUCUCCUUAGCGCCACCACUGUGGUCGCCGACCAGAGCUUUCGCGAAUUCCUAGAAGACAAAAUCCCAAGCUGCGUAAUGGACUGUACAACAGGAUCCCUCAACAACGUCACCACCGACUGCAGCAACGACGCCGCAUCCAGCAAUAACGCGGAGGAUAUCAAUUGCGUCUGCGACGUGCUGCGCGAGGCCGACAGCUCUGUCGUGGUAGAUUUUACCGAGAGUCUUUCGGGCUGUAUAGCCAACGCGGACUGCAGCUCGGAGGAUCUGGAGGAGUUGAGUGAUAUCGAACCACAAAGCUUCCAGGACGGCAUGUGCCAGAGUAAUGGCGGCGGCGACGGCGUCGACGGAGACAACGGUGCUUCUCUCCUUACUGCGGGCUCGACCUUCCUCCUCACUGCCGGUGCUGCUGGUGUUUUUGCCAUCUUCUAA